AUGAGUGCGGCGGCCACGGCGGGGAAGCUGGAGAUCCCCGAGGUGCUGGUGGACCCGCGCAGCCGCCGGCGCUAUGUGCGGGGCCGGUUCCUGGGCAAAGGCGGCUUCGCCAAAUGCUUCGAGAUCUCGGACGCCGACACCAAGGAGGUGUUCGCCGGCAAGAUCGUGCCCAAGUCCCUGCUGCUCAAGCCGCACCAGAAGGAGAAGAUGUCCAUGGAGAUCUCGAUCCACCGCAGCCUGGCCCACCAGCACGUCGUGGGCUUCCACGGCUUCUUCGAGGACAGCGACUUCGUGUUCGUGGUCCUGGAGCUCUGCCGCCGCAGGUCCCUUCUGGAGCUGCACAAGAGGAGGAAAGCACUGACAGAGCCCGAGGCCCGCUACUACCUGCGUCAGAUCGUCCUUGGCUGCCAGUAUUUGCACCGCAACCGGGUCAUUCACAGGGACCUGAAGCUGGGCAACCUCUUUUUGAACGAGGAUCUGGAAGUGAAGAUAGGGGACUUUGGUCUGGCAACCAGAGUGGAAUAUGACGGAGAGAGGAAGAAGACCCUGUGUGGGACUCCAAACUACAUAGCUCCUGAGGUGCUGAGCAAGAAAGGGCACAGUUUCGAGGUGGACGUGUGGUCCAUUGGGUGCAUCAUGUAUACCUUGCUAGUGGGCAAGCCACCUUUUGAGACUUCUUGCCUGAAAGAGACCUACCUCCGGAUCAAGAAGAAUGAGUACAGUAUUCCCAAGCACAUCGGCCCUGUGGCUGCCUCACUCAUCCAGAGGAUGCUGCAGACAGACCCCACUGCCCGCCCCACCAUUCACGAGCUGCUGGAUGACGAGUUCUUCACCUCCGGUUACAUCCCUCCCCGCCUGCCCAUCACCUGCCUCACCAUUGCACCCAGAUUUUCCAUCGCUCCCAGCAGCCUGGACCCCAACAUCCGGAAGCCUCUCACGGUGCUCAAUAAAGGCACUGAGAACACCCAGCCAGAGCGACCGCGAGAAAAAGAAGAGGCCGUAGUUCGAGAGCCCAGCGAGGCGGUCGAGUGCCACCUGGGUGACAUGCUACAGCAGCUGCACAGCGUCAAUGCAUCUAAGCCCUCUGAGCGAGGCCUGGUGAGACAAGAGGAGGCCGAGGACCCUGCCUGCAUUCCAAUCUUCUGGGUCAGCAAGUGGGUUGACUAUUCGGAUAAGUAUGGCCUUGGGUACCAGCUGUGCGACAACAGUGUGGGGGUGCUGUUCAAUGACUCCACUCGCCUCAUCCUUUAUGAUGAUGGGGAGAGCCUGCAGUACAUAGAGCGUGACGGCACCGAGUCCUACCUCACCGUGAAUUCUCACCCCAACUCCUUGACCAAGAAGAUCACCCUCCUGAAGUAUUUCCGCAACUACAUGAGCGAGCACCUGCUGAAGGCAGGUGCCAACAUCACUCCUCGGGAGGGCGACGAGCUGGCUCGGCUGCCAUACCUGCGCACCUGGUUCCGCACACGCAGCGCCAUCAUCCUGCAUCUCAGCAACGGCACUGUGCAGAUCAACUUCUUCCAGGAUCACACAAAACUCAUCCUGUGCCCUCUGAUGGCUGCGGUGACCUACAUCGACGAGAAGCGGGACUUCCGCACGUACCGUCUGAGCCUGCUGGAGGAACACGGCUGCUGCAAGGAGCUGGCCAGCCGGCUGCGUUACGCCCGGACCAUGGUGGACAAGCUGUUGAGCUCCCGCUCAGCCUGCAACCGCCUCAAGGCCUCCUCCUAGACCCCUGCCUCAGGACUGGUACCCCUCUGCCUCUCGGCCCACACUGGGCUUGCCCUGCUUGGGGCCUCGUGGCAGGUUGGAGCUGUUUGUAAGUUAUUUGUACAUGUUGGGGGGGGGUGUGAUCGCUCCACGCUGUGUGAUCGCUCCACGCUGUGUGAUCUGUACAGAGUAUAUUUCUAUUGAAUUUGGGACUUUUUUUUUUUCUUCCUUGGCUU